AAAGUGCAUGGCUCAGAGGACUGGGGAAGUUUGCAGACAGUGUGUUGGGAUUCUAUCAGCUCGAAACACACUCUGGAUUCUUGUUACGUAUUAACAGGGUUCUCCCCUUUCUCUAGCCAAAAUGGUUAUUAAAGUCUUCGUAGCCACCGUUGCGGGAUCCACAGCAAUAAAAAAGAAGCAACAGGAGGUGCUCGGUUUCUUGGAAGCAAACAGAAUUGACUUUGAACAGAAAGAUAUCGCGUGUAAUGAUGAUAACCGACAGUGGAUGAGAGACAAUGUUCCGGGUGAAAAAAAGCCACAGAAUGGAAUUCCUCUCCCACCCCAGAUAUUCAACGAGGACCAAUACUGUGGGGACUUUGAAUCUUUCUUUGAUGCCAAAGAAGGGAAUGAAAUAAAUGUGUUCUUUGGCCUGGCUCCACCACCAAGCUCAAAGGAAAAGGAGAUACCGUCUGACCUCCAAAAUGGUGAAGUUCCAGAAGAAAGUCAUAAAACCGAAAGCUCUCCUGUAAGUGAUGGAACCCAAGAAGACGCUGUAGUUGAAUCAGCGGAAGAAAAGCAGGAGGAAGUAGAAGCAGAAAAUGAAGAGGAAGGAGCUGAGGAGGAAGAAGAAGAAGAAGAAGAGGAAGAAUCAUAGAGAUCAGCUGUGUUAGCAUGUCAUAUUGAGGCUUCCUAAAUCUGUGCAUGGCCACACAAAUCAACUGCACUCAGCCACCUCACUGCAAAGAUUUUCCCGAAACUAUAUUUCUCUGUUCUAAAGGCUGGUUUGCUACAAAAAAAGACUAAUGGAAAACUAAGCUCUUGCUUCUUUUUGGCAGUUUUGUUAUCACGAAAAGAGGUUCUCACAUGGUUAGAAACGCUUGACCUUGCACCGAAUUUAAAUUAAAUCUGCUGCCAACAGGAUAAUGUGUGCACAGUUUGUAAUAAAGUGAAAAAUAAAAAUUGUAUUCUUUCGUA